CUCUGCUCUUCCAUCUCCUCGAACAGUCCCUCUCUCUCCCUCUCUUCUGCCGCAGCGAGGUGAGGUGGUGCGAGGUGAAAUCCUUCUCCUUGCCGUGAAGGAUUGCCAAGAGAUUUAGGUUUCUUGAUCCCUUCAGGUCUCGAGGAACCUUGAUCGAUCAUGUCGGAGGGAACCAAGGAGCCCGAUGGUGGCGAGGAGAAGGUGGUUCUCAAGACCCACGACGGCCAGGAGUUUACCGUGGACAUGGCCACCGCCAACCGAUCCGGGACACUCAAGAACCUGCUCUCGGAAGUCGGUGGCAGCAGCGACAACCCGCAAGUGAUCCCCCUCCCGAGUAGCAUCACCAGCCCAGUGCUCGGCAAGGUGGUGGAGUACUGCCAGCGGCACGCGGGCGGCGGCGGCGGCAGGGGGGGCGUGCAAGCGCUGGAGCAGUUCGACGAGGAGUUGGUGGAGCUCGACAAGGACAUGCUGUUGGACGUCACCUACGCAGCCGCGUUCCUCGACGUGCCGCGGCUGCUCGACCUCACCAGCCAGGCCGUGGCCGACGCCAUCAAGAAGAUGUCCGUGGAGGAAGUCAGGCACUACUUCGGCGUCGUCUCCGACUUCACCGAAGAGGAAGAGAAGGUGAUUCGGAGCGAGUGUCCCUGGGCCUUCGAAUGAUGGCGACCUGCAACUCGUGCGCUUCUUGGGAUCCCCGUUCUUGGACAGUUUACCGGUUAACGUUCUUGGUGUUGUGGUCUGACUUCCAUCUCAAAGACGGCAUCAGUCAUCCAAUCAAUCCUCCUUUCUCUACUGUAUUCAUUUAGUUCAGAGGAAUGAUAAAGAGGAAAAGAAAGGCAUAAGAAAAAACUGAGAAUAAUAAUUCCCUAAGAAAAGCACACAACACACCAAAGUGGUUGUAAUCUUUGGAUUAAUUCCUUGUACGUUUGUGUCAAAAAUUGUGUUGAUUGACUGGCCAACAAAGAGAGUAGAAAA